AUGUUAAAGAAAAAGACCAGCUCUUUAUUUAAGCAUGUCAGCUAUAUCUCCUAUUAUUUGGUACAAAACAAAUUUAAACUACAUGAAUUUGAUCUCCCCACUGGUAUAUCUCCGAAGGAAUUCAACAGUGCGUCCAGCGAACUACUGUUCAAUGAAGAUAUAACGUUAUUGCAUGAAAAAUUUCCAAAUAGAGAUGACUUUACGCCCUGCUCCGCAUGCUCCGAAUAUAAUUGGGAUUCUACAGAAUCUUGUGUAUCAAGCCAAUCAGAAAAUGAGGGGAUGGAAGACGAAAACGACUGGUAUAUAUACGACUCACGAAAUAAUGACCCUGAUGACACUGGUUCUGGAUCCGAUAUGGAUGAAAACUAUGAUUUUCAGAGGCACGACUUUUUUAACCAGUACGAAAGUUUCUCCGCAGACUACGUCGAUUACUACUAA